AUCCCCGCCGUCCUCGCCCCGCAGCCAUGGCCGCCGGCCCCGCGCCUCCCCCCGGCCGCCCCCGGGCGCAGAUGCCGCAUCUAAGGAAGAUGGAGCGGGUGGUCGUGAGCAUGCAGGACCCCGACCAGGGCGUGAAGAUGCGGAGCCAGCGCCUGCUGGUCACGGUCAUUCCCCACGCGGUGACAGGCAGCGACGUCGUGCAGUGGUUAACCCAGAAGUUCUGCAUCUCGGAGGAGGAGGCCCUGCACCUGGGCGCUGUCCUGGUGCAGCACGGCUACAUCUACCCGCUGCGCGACCCCCGUAGCCUCGUGCUCCGGCCAGACGAGACGCCCUACAGGUUCCAGACCCCGUACUUCUGGACAAGUACCCUGUGGCCGGCUGCAGAGCUGGACUAUGCCAUCUACCUGGCCAAGAAGAACAUCCGAAAACAGGGGACCUUGGCGGACUAUGAGAAGGAGUGCUAUGACCGGCUACACACGAAGAUCAGCCAUGCGUGGGACCUGGUGCUGAUGCAGGCCAGGGAGCAGCUGCGGGCAGCCAAGCAGCGCAGGAAGGGGGACAGGCUGGUCAUUGCGUGCCAGGAGCAGACCUACUGGCUGGUGAACAGGCCCCCGCCCGGGGCCCCCAGUGUGCUGGAGCAGGGUCCAGGGCGGGGAUCCUGUGCCGCCAGCCGUGUGCACAUGACCAAGAGUACAGAUUUCUAUAAGCAGGAGAUCGAGUACUGCAGGAGAGCGAUGGGCAGGACCCGAGUGAAGUCCUCCGUCUGCCUUGAGGCGUACCUGAGUUUCUGUGGCCAGCGUGGACCCCACGACCCCCUCGUGUCGGGGUGCCUGCCCAGCAACCCCUGGAUCUCAGACGACGACGCCUACUGGGUCAUGAACGCCCCCACGGUGGCUGCCCCCACGAAGCUCCGUGUGGAGAGAUGGGGCUUCAGCUUCCGGGAGCUCCUGGAGGACCCCGUGGGGCGGGCCCACUUCGUGGACUUUCUAGGAAAGGAGUUCAGUGGAGAAAACCUCAGCUUCUGGGAGGCAUGCGAGGAGCUUCGCUAUGGAGCGCAGGCCCAGGUCCCCACCCUAGUGGACGCUGUGUACCAGCAGUUCCUGGCCCCUGGCGCUGCCCGCUGGGUCAACAUUGACAGCCGGACCAUGGAGCGGACCCUGGAGGGGCUGCGCCAGCCCCACCGCUACGUCCUGGAUGACGCCCAGCUACACAUAUACAUGCUCAUGAAGAAG